UAUUUUUGGUGGUGAUUGUUUGCACGGUUGUUGUUGUCGUAGCAGUGGUGGUGUUUUGCGGUGAGUCUGUCUGUGUUGUGAGACCUUUGGAACCAAGGUUUUACCUCUCUCGGCAAGUCCGCCGGUGGGUCAUCGAGGGGCUGCGCACAGCUUACCCUUGCAAAGCAAAGCUUUGUCAAGCAUAUCACAGACUUGUGUCGGAGUGGCAAGAGUAUCGCAGGAAUUUUCUCUAGGAGUGCGAGCUACAUCGUGUUGAAAGACGCGCCAUAUCCAAAUUCGCCUUGGGGGCUGUGUCUCAGCGGAGACCGUGCAGGGCCUCUGGCUUGCUUCUUCCUGUUUCCACAUUCUUAUUUCCACUUUGCUUCGAUUCGCACGCGUCUGCUCUCGUUGUUCUACUCACUCUUGUUUCUCGGGUAAUUCGAAGAUGUGUAUAGCGUUCUGGCUGCUGGAAGCUCAUGCAGAGUACAGGCUCCUGUUGGCGCUCAACCGGGACGAGUAUCACUCCCGCCCCACGCUCCCUGCCCAUCGUUGGAGUGAUCACCCGCAGAUUAUUGGUGGUCGGGAUGGAGAGGCAGGUGGCACAUGGUUGGCGAUCUCUGAGUCUGGGCGUCUCGCGUUUGUGACCAAUUUUCGUGAGCCUGGUAAGGACACACCGGGGGCAGUGAGCAGAGGAGAGCUUCCAACCCUGUUUUUGAAAAGCUCAAAAUCUCCCACUGCGUACCUGGAGGAGGUCGCUGCUCGAGCCGAUAAGUACAAUGGAUUCAACCUAAUCGUUGCAGAUAUGAACACCAAAGAGAUGGCGUAUCUGUCCAAUCGGCCCCGCGGGGAGCCCGUUGAAGUAAAGCAGGUUUCCCCGGGUCUGCAUAGCCUGUCGAAUGCUAACCUGGACACUCCGUGGCCAAAAGUUCUUCGUGGAAAGGAAAAGAUUGAGGUUCUGUUAUCUCAAUAUCCUGACCAAGUGAUUCCAGAAAAUUGUUUAAUAGAUGAAUUACUUACGGACAGUACACGAGCUGAGAUUUCACGUCUACCAAAGACAGGCUUGUCAGAAGCGCAUGAGCAUGCAUUUAGCCCGAUUUUUGUAUACUGGGAUAAUCCACCUUACGGAACCCGAAGCAUGACAGUCAUAGCAGUCCACAAAACUGGCCAGACAACUUUUUAUGAGAAAUAUCUAGAGGAUGGUAUCUGGAAGGACCAUAAGCUCUCUUUCUCCCUAUCGUCUGUCGUCGAGGGUGACGAUUUGAAGUCAAGCUAACGAUUAACGAAAUGCUUGAGGUGGAACUUGAGAAGCGUUGGCUGUGGAGUAAACCUUGUGCCAAGCAUUCAAUUAUUGAUCGUUGCAAAAUUGUAGUUUCCAGGACUUGUUGGUCACCAAAACUGUACAUGGAACUGAUUAAACUCAGUUUGGUAUGCGGUAAUUUCAAUUUUUGAUGGUGAGAUCACCAGUAUCGUCAAAAGAGAUGUCUUAACUUCGACGAGGGCAGUUGCGGAAGUGCAUAUCGUUGCUCGAGAUUAACUAUGCUUGGGGAUCUUGAAAUGGAUUCAAAUAAUGUAAUAGCUUGUGUCAAACAUUCACUGCA